AUGUGUUACUAUGGUAGUUACUAUGGCGGCCUGGGCUGUGGCUAUGGUGGCCUAGGCUGUGGCUAUGGCUGUGGCUAUGGCUAUGGUGGCUAUGGUGGCCUAGGCUGUGGCUAUGGCUGUGGCUAUGGCUAUGGUGGCUAUGGUGGCUGUGGUUAUGGCUGUUGCCGCCCCCUAUGCUGCAGAAGAUACUGGUCCUAUGGCUUCUACUGA